AUGCCGACUUUUGGCGGCGCCGACGCAGCGCAUAAAGCAUUUGCAUCACCCUGUCCCCCCUCACCUUCUCACCCGCGCCACAAACAAACCCCCGUCACCCGCAAGAUGAGUGCGUACUCGUCAAAACCGGUAGCCAUGCUCAUACACGAAGACGCACCCCACCAUUUUCUUUUGUAUUUCGAUCUCUAUCUAAGAUCUAUGGUCUAUCGCACUGUGGGAUGCUGCGCCCAUGUCAUGGUGGUAGCUUGGUACCUUGGGUAUGCUCGUUACGAGGAAGUUGUGCAUCAACCUGCUAGAUUUUUGGAUCUAAUAAUAAACGAGUAUUUAUAGAAUCGCAUUAUGUUAUACUAAUUGAUUGUUUAA